UCUCGCUGGCUGUACUAGGCGGGGCCUGGGUUGGUUUGGUCAACCACGACUAACGUAUGUGAUGAUGGGGGAGCAGAGACGAUAUUCUCAUCACAAUGUGGCCAAUGGAUGGUAUAGUCCAACUCGACUGCUCGAAUGGAGGAGGCUGCAACUUUACGCCCUCGCUGUCCAUAUAAAACAGAAGCAGAACAUGAAGGAUCGUAGACGACAUGCGUACAGCGGUGCUACACAGCGUUUCUUGCUGACCAGGUUUGGAUGGAUGUUCCGACGUGCCAAUUUGAAUUGUGAUCGGGCGAGGAAGCGAACUCGUCCACAGCGCUUGACUGCCACCAGCUAUCGUCUGCUGCACCGUAGAGACCAUGUGUGGAUGAAGAAGUUGUGGCCGCAUCAUGUCUUCUUUGUUCGAGACCCCCCAACAGAUCACAAUAUCAACCUGAGGUUAGAACGGCAGCUCCUGCCCGCUCACAUUGCCUGAUGGUAACCAUGGCCCUUGUGUGCUACACUACGUUUCUGUAUUAUUC